UGUCAAAUUGACUUUUGUGAUGGUACGACGACAGCUCAUCGCUUUUAUUUUUGAUUCGAUUGAUGGUUUACAUUAAAGUGCAUUUUGAUACCAAUUCGCCUUAAAAUCACAGAAAAAGUUAUAGCACAAUGUGGGAUCCAACUCAUGUUCAAGUGACUAUACAAAGGGCUCGAGGACUUCUAAUAAAAGGUAAAAACGGUACCAAUAACUGCUUUGUGACCAUCGCCCUGGGUAAAGAAAAAUUCCAAACUUCCGUCAAACACAAAGCAACUGAGAACGUCGAAUGGUUGGAAGAAUGUGAGCUACGCAUACCUACGCAAGGAAACACUGCAGAGAUUGUAUUGAAAGUGUAUGAUGAGGAUUUUGUAAAGGACCAUUUACUAGGUCAAGUAUCGAUUCCGUUAAAAGACCUCGAUGUUUACGAGCGCCCCAGAAACCGUUGGUAUGUCCUGCAAGGAAAAUCAGGUAAAGAAAACGACAAGAAAAGAGGAGAACUUGAAGUCAAAAUCGGUUUUACAGUCAAGGAAGGCAGUCUCACUGACCUCAGUAAGAAAGAUAAACAUCGAUCAUCUUUGUCGAGUAUCGCUCAAAAUGUCGGUGGCAGCCUCAUGAGCAUUGGAAGCAUUGAGAAACGUAAAGGUCUGAAAAAAUUCGCCAAAAAUCUUGGCUCUAAAAUGAACCUUAGCAAAAAGGACAAGAAGAGUGACUCAUCAUCUCUCAGUGGCAGCAUAGGCAAUCUAAAAAGUUCAGCACUUUCCACCCCUGAACAUUCCACCCCUAAGAGGCUAUCUGGUGAUGCAGACCCUGGAGUAAUCAGUGAAGAUGAAGAUGAGUUUGCUUUUGAUGAUUUGUCCCAUAAAAGUUCAGGUAGUUCCUUGAAUGUAAACACUUUACCUCGUGGACAUAAAUACACUCCAUCUCCUAUGAAUGCUUCUCUAGAAAACCUUGGGGGUGGUGAAAUUUUGAGAAGAUCCACAAGCAGCAACUUGGCUAAUUUAGACAAGGCCGCUCCACAUAAACCUGUGCGCCUGAGCCUCAACUUGUUCACUCCACCACAAUUACCCUCUCAAGUGGUCAACAAGGAUGACGAGUGGUCCCAAAAAUUAUACUCAAAACCAAAGUCAAACAGUCAAACAACUAUUGACAGAGAAAAGUCUUCAAGCCUUGAGAGAAACAACAAACUCGACAGUCCUAGCUCAUUCAAAGAAAAACCCAGCCCAAAAUUUUUCAAGAAGUUUGGAAAUAACAAUAAACAGAAGAAACUAUUAGAAGAACGCAUAAUUGUUGGUGAAGAAAACAUUGUUGAAGAAGAUUCUGUAAACCCUGCCUACAGUAACAUCCCUAAAAGUGUGGUUGAACAGUUUGAUGGGAAAUCCAGAGAAGAUCUGAUUGUUAUGAUUUACAAUUUGCAAAAAGAUGCUGAAUCAGAGAAAAAGAAAAACAAAGACUUGGAAAACUAUUUGGAUGAGUUGUUACUCAGAGUAAUGGAAACUACUCCAAGAAUUCUACAAAAUCCUUAUUAGACCCAUGGUAAUCUGACAAAUGCUUUGCAAGUCGGUGACGGAUUAUCAAGUUUUCCGGAUUAUCGAGUGCUACCCCUUAAAGUCAGCAACUUAUGGGAAUGAAGUACCUUUUUAAUCCGACAAAAAUUACUAAAAUGGUGAGAUUGAAUCAUUAUGUCAAUACCUAUUCCAUCCAUAAUCACCACACUGAAAUGACACAUCAUUUAUUUUAGAAUCAUUCUAUUAACAUUAUGACUGGCAGUUAAGGAAACUGAAUACACUAACAAAAUAUAUUUUUACUUAGUAGCUACUAAAUUUAUAUAUGGGAUGUCGGAUUACAAGGGUGCCAAACUAGCCGGGGGCUGGAUUACUGCGGGUCUAGUUAAGAAUAUUAUUUAAUCUUGUCACAUCUGAACUUAGUGCCUUAAUAAUGUAGUCUGUGAUAAAAUUGAAGUGUGUAAAAAGACAAAUAUAAUUGAUUG